AUGCUAGAAGGGCAAAAAACUGUAAUUGAGGUAGAAGGUGAGUACACUUACAAUGAGAAGUAUAACCUUUCAUCAAUAAACGUGUAUUGUGACACAAUUAUUUUUAUAGUAUUAAAAGAGCCUUACAUGAUUAUCAGAGAUCGUGAAAAUUUGUUCAAGCCAUUAAUAUAUAAGACGAAGAUCCCUAAUCUUCACUUUGAAAAGGGUUGUCUGUUUAAAAUCGACAAGGAAAUCACAAGACAUGACUCGUGUGAUACAAGGGCCACUAUUUUAAAACCUCAAGAUGUUGCCGAUGAUGGCUUUUGUGAAUGUUGCAAGAUACGUUACACAUCACUGCAACAGCACCUCGACAGUGAUCGUCAUAAAAGCUUCGUUACUAAUAAAGAAAAUUAUGAUAAAGUCGACCAGUUGAUAGCUAAAGGAGUUAGUUUUGACGACUUUGUCGAAGCAUGCAAGAAGAAAGCUGCUAAAAAGAUUCUGAAAAGAUGCAGGAUUUCCUUUGGUUGUGAACAAUUAAAAAACGAAUUGAAAUUGGACAUUGGAAACACGAGCGACGAAACCAAAAAAGAAAACAAAGAAAGUCCUCUUAACGAUGGUCGACAAUUUGAGGUUACCUCCGAAGGGAUCGAACCUUUGGAAGAAACUCCUCUUAACGAUGCUCCACAAUGUGAUGCUACCGUGACAGGCGUCGAACCUUUCAAAGAAACUCCUCUUAAAGAUGCUCGACAAUGUGAUGCUACCGUGACAGGCGUCGAACCCUUCAAAGGUAUUAACAAUUCUUUGAAUUUGGUUGAACUUGUCUUACUUUUCACAUGUUGUUUUACACAAAUUACAUUUUUUGUCAAAAUUCUGUUUAGAAACUCCUCUUAAAGAUGCUCCACAAUGUGAUGUUACCGUGACAGGGGUCGAACCCUUCAAAGGUAUUACCAAUUCUUUGAAUUUGGUUGAAAUUGUCUUACUUUUCACAUGUUGUUUUUACACAAAUUACAUUUUUUAUCAAAAUUAUGUUUAGAAACUCCUCUUAAAGAUGCUCCACAAUGUGAUGUUACCGUGACAGGGGUCGAACCCUUCAAAGGUAUUACCAAUUCUUUGAAUUUGGUUGAAAUUGUCUUACUUUUCACAUGUUGUUUUUACACAAAUUACAUUUUUUAUCAAAAUUAUGUUUAGAAACUCCUCUUAAAGAUGCUCCACAAUGUGAUGUUACCGUGACAGGGGUCGAACCCUUCAAAGGUAUUAACAAUUCUUUGAAUUUGGUUGAAAUUGUCUUACUUUUCACAUGUUGUUUUUACACAAAUUACAUUUUUUAUCAAAAUUAUGUUUAGAAACUCCUCUUAAAGAUGCUCCACAAUGUGAUGUUACCGUGACAGGUGUCGAACCCUUCAAAGGUAUUAACAAUUCUUUGGAUUUGGUUGAAAUUGUCUUACUUUUCACAUGUUGUUUUUACACAAAUUACAUUUUUUAUCAAAAUUAUGUUUAGAAACUCCUCUUAAAGAUGCUCCACAAUGUGAUGUUACCGUGACAGGCGUCGAACCCUUCAAAGGUAUUAACAAUUCUUUGAAUUUGGUUGAACUUGUCUUACUUUUCACAUGUUGUUUUACACAAAUUACAUUUUUUGUCAAAAUUAUGUU